AAGGAAGUUUGGAAUAAAACAGCUAUUGUGAGUGGGGCAGCACCUAGAUGUGUUGACUGUAUGCUGUCGUCUGCUGAUUUAAACUACCACGGAAAUCCAGAGGAGCACUGUAAACACCUGUUCGCGACACGCUGUUUGGAAAAGCUUGUGCCAAGAGUUGAACUUGCUGGGUCCUCAUUACAGCCCUGGUGGGAUCUCAUUCAACUGCUCUGCUUCUGGGUUAUGAAACAUCAGAGUACAGAUACAGAAUGAGCAUAAUGUCCAGCAGCCCUCUGGAGAGCAGCCUCACCUCCUCCUGGGACUCCUCCAACCCCUACCCCGACAUUCACACAGUAAUGUUUGGAUAUUCUGGUCGUCUGUUGCCGUACGAGUCCCAGCCCCAGUUCUGGAGUAAGUACCAGGUUUGGGACUGGGUGCAGCAGAUCAUGGACAUGCACCAGAUCGACACCUCCAGCAUUCCCCUGCAGAACUUCGACAUGGACGGCCAUCAGCUCUGCAGCCUCAGCUACCAGGAUUUUCUGUUAGCGGCCGGCAGUGUGGGUCCCAUCCUCUUCAACAGCCUCUCAGAGCUCAAGUGGAGCGGCCAAAAUCAAACAGAUAUUGGACAUUGUGACCUCAAACAAGAAGCUGACACAUAUCUGUUUUCCAGUCCCAGCUAUCCCUCCACAGAAAUGUGUGAGCCUUGUCUGCACCCUGUCCUGCCUGUUGCCUCCCACACACCCUCCAGCCCCGAAAUUAAAAGAUGUAGUCGUCCGUACCAGGCCAAGAAGGAAAACCAAAGAGGCAUCCACCUGUGGGAGUUCAUCCGGGAUAUCCUCAUAGAUCCAGAGCGUAACCCAGGGCUUAUAAAGUGGGAGGACCGCAGAGAGGGCGUCUUCAGGUUCCUCAAGUCCGAAGCGGUGGCUCAGCUCUGGGGCAAGAAGAAGAAUAACAGCAGUAUGACUUAUGAGAAAUUAAGUCGAGCUAUGAGAUACUACUACAAAAGGGAAAUCUUGGAGCGAGUUGAUGGACGACGGUUGGUUUACAAGUUUGGGCGUAACGCGAGAGGAUGGAGAGAGGUGGAAAAGUGACUGUUUCAUUGUGUAAUUUAUGUAUUUUUUAGAGUUUUCAGCUUGUUUUGAUAACGCGUACUUAAACUGUUUACACGAGUUUGCUUUAAUGUUGUUCUUCUUUGAAUGUUUUUUUUUGUGUGAUGUGACAUUGCACUGAAUAAUCCUCAUAAUGCAUCCUGAAGAGUCUGUAAACCUGUUUACAAGAAAUGCUUUUGUCAUAAUCAAAAGAGUGUGUGUGCUUUCUUUUAAAAUGCUUCCCAGAGGAGAGUGCAUUAGACUUGAAUGUAUGCUACAUCUAUGCUGUGAAGUGUCCUUUGGGAUUACAACAACUGCAGUAGUAGUGAUAACUGCCUCACAUCAUGAAAUCCAACGUGUUUAGUCCGUUUACUGUUCUCUGUUUAAAGACUUGGAUGCAUGCGUCUUUAAGGAAUAAGUCUAAGCGCUCAGUUUCCUCUAUAGCAACCCAUAUUCACACAGGGAAGUGACUUGCUCAAGGACAAAUACGCACUCGGUUGCAGCUGGCUUUGAACCACCAACCUCUUUUCAGUAUCACAAAAUGUUCACUUUUUUGAGUUGUUCUUUGUCAUUAUAAAAACUGGCACUGCAGCAUUUGACAACCAAAGUUACAGGAUUUUCUGGACUAUAAGUCGAACUUUUUUUCAUAUUUUGGCCAGAAAUACGACUUAUACUUAAAUGUGAUUCAUACGGAAAAUAUAUGUUUUUAUUUUCUUCAUUAUUAGGCAUUUUUUGGCUGGUUCAACCUAUACCCCAGUGCGACUUAUACUCUAGAAAAUACAGUACUUGCCCAUGCACUGAUAAAAAAGCAGGAAUUUAACUACCAACCUCUUACCUGAGUGAAUACACAGAUAAUAGCAAGUCAUUUUUCAACAUCGCAAAACAUUCAUAGGUUUUUCAGUUGUGCUUUGUCAUUAUAAAAACUGGCACUGCAGCAUUUGACAACCAAAGUUACCGAAUUUUCCAAACUUUUUUUCAUAGCUUGGCCAGAAGUGCAACUUAUACUCAGAUGUGAUUUAUAUGUUUUUAUUUUCUUCAUUAUUAUGCAUUUUUUGGCUGUUGUGACUUAUACUCUAGAAAAUAAACUACUUGCCCAAGGACAAAUAUGCACUGAUAAAAAGCUAGAAUUGAACCACCAACUUCUUAUCUGAGUGAAUAGAUAGAAAAUAGUAGGUCACUUUCAAAAUCACAAAACAUCCGCUGGUUUUUCAGUUGUGCUUUUUCAUUAUAAAAACUGGCACUUGUAGCAUUUGACAACCAAAGUUACAGGAUUUUCCGCACUUUUUUUCAUAGUUUGGCCGAGGGUGCAGCUUAUAUUCAGAUGUGAUUUAUAUGUGAAAUAUAUGUUGUUGUUUUUUUCAUUAUUAUGCUUUUUUUUUUUUGUUUUUUUGUUUUUUUGGCUGGUGCGACUUAUACUCCAGUGCAACAUAUACUCCAGAAAAUGCCCAAGGACAAAAUAUGCAUUAGUUGAAGCUGGAAUUGAACCACCAACCUCUUACCUGAGUGUAAAAAAAUUGAGAAAAGUAGGACACUUUUCAGUAUCACAAAACAUUCACAGGUUUUUGAAUUGUGCUUUGUCACUGGCACUGCAGCAUUUGACAACCAAAGUUAUUUACCCAUGGACAAAUAUGCACUGAUAAAAAGCUGGAAU